AUGUCUGAGCCCGUCUUCGGCGUACCAUAUCGCCACGGACCUGCUGCAAGUAUCACUAACAAGAUGCUGACCAACAAAAACGUAUUUUUGCUUGCUGCAGCCGGGUUAUUCACUGUUUUUCCUGACGCCAGUGGUGUCAGCUACAAUGCAGUUCCAUUGCCCACCGCUGUCCUACUGGGCCAUACUGCUACGCUUCACUGCAGCUUCCAUGACUUGUCACCAGAUGAUGCCGUUAGUUGGGUGAGGUCAUCACCUGCAAGAGCCAUUACAAUUGGCAGGAGGGUGGACCCAAAGUACCCACGAUACCAGGUUGUUGGUGACGUGCAGAAAGGGGAGUUUAAUCUACGGAUCCAGGACGUUAGCCUAGAGGACAGAGGAGCUUACACGUGUAGCAUAUUUGGUCUUGAACCUAAAGAAGCAAUGUUAACUGUAUACCUAUUCCUCAACCCCCUACACUGA